GCCUAAGCUUGUUCGUCCCUCAUUGCUCAUUUUUAACCUCCCCUGUUUGUUUCCUGAUCCUAAUGGCUGCUGCUUCUUCUUCCAAGCUCAGAAGGAGUUACGAUGUCUUCUUGAGUUUCAGAGGUCCGGACGUCCGCAACCACUUUCUCGGUCAUCUCUACACGGCUCUAGAUCAAAUAGGGAUAUACACUUACAUCGACAACGAAGAACUCAAGAAGGGAGAACAGAUAUCGCCGGCACUUAUGAAGGCGAUUGAGGAAUCGCGAAUCGCCAUAGUGGUUUUCUCUGAGGACUAUGCCUCUUCGCCAUGGUGUUUGGAAGAGGUGGCAAAAGUCAUGGAGUGCAGGGAGGAAAGAAAACUCAUGGUCUUUCCGGUGUUUUACAAAGUGGAACCAAGAGAGGUGAGAGGGCAGAGACAGAGUUAUGCAGAAGCUAUGGCUAAGCAUGAAGUCAAGUUUGGGAAGGACUCAGAGAAAGUAAAGAGAUGGAGGAAAGCACUAUUUGACGCUGGUAGCUUAUCUGGGUGGGAUUUUACUGAUGGAUAUGAAGCGGGGCUCAUACAACAUAUUGUACAAGAGAUCUCAACUCAACUAGAUCAAACACCAUUAAGUGUAGCCAAGUAUCCGGUUGGGAUAGAUUCCCGAGUACAAGAGCUUAAAACAAUCUUAAAUCUACAAUCCAAGGAUGAUGUACUUAUGAUAGGAUUAUGGGGACAAGGAGGUGUAGGGAAGACAACCCUCGCUAAAGCCAUUCAUAAUGCUAUUUUUAGAGAGUUCCAUGGUGCUAGUUUCUUGGAACGUGUUCGAGAAAAUUCUAGAAAUUCCAUUGAUUUGGUUCCUUUGCAAGAGAAAAUGCUAUCGCAAGUAUUAUCAGGGAAGAAAUUAACAGUCUAUAGUGUUGGUGGAGGGAGUCAAUUAGUUCAAGAUAGACUUUGUAAUAAGAAAGUUCUCAUCAUUCUUGAUGAUGUUGAUGAUGCGUGCCAAUUAAAUGCUUUAGUUGGAGAUUGUGAGUGGUUUGGUGAAGGAAGUAGAAUAAUUAUCACAACAAGAAAUAAGCAUCUACUAACUUCUCAUGGGAUAGAUCACGACCAUAUGUAUGAAGUUAAAGCUCUUGAGAAUGGUGACGCUCUUGAACUUUUUAGAAAGCAUACUUUUCGAGGAAAUCAAGAAAUAGAAAUAAGCAGUAAUCUUGUUGAUCAGGUAUUACAUUAUGCGAGAGGCCUUCCUUUGGCUCUUGAGGUGUUGGGUGCUUUCUUAUGUGGUAGAACAGAACUUGAAUGGAAAAGUGCCCUACAAAAACUUGCCAAAAGUCCUGAUAAAAAGAUCAACGAUGUUUUAAAGGUAAGUUAUGAUGGAUUGGAGGACUAUGCAAAGGAGAUCUUUUUGGACAUUGCUUGUUUCUUCAAGGGGAGGAGUACAGAGUACAUUAAGAAAGUUCUAGAUAGUUGUAAUUUUGACACGACUAUUGGAGUACAGAUUCUCAUUGAUCGUUGCUUGAUUAGUGAAGAGUAUAGGACCUUAGAAAUGCAUGACUUAGUGCAAUUAAUGGGUUUAGAUAUUGUGAAAGAAGAAUGUCGUGAUGACCCCGGAAAACGCAGUAGGUUAUGUCUUUAUGAAGAUGUUCUUGAUGUUCUAUCAGGAGAUAUGGGAACAGAUGCGAUUAAAGCUAUAGUUUUGGAGCUACCAAAACCAGAAGAGAUGUAUAUCGGUCCUAAUGCUUUCAUAAAGAUGAGAAAGUUAAGGUUGCUCAUCCUGCUUAAUGUAGAUAAUUCUUUACAAGGUCCCAUCCAUCUCCCUAAUGAGUUAAGGUGGUUUGAAUGGCCUAAUUGUGCAUGGAUUCCAGAUUUUAGCUGUGGUCCAAAGAAGUUAGUUGGACUUGAUAUGCGAAAAAGCAAGAUCAAAGUAGUGGGGGAACAAUUAAAGGACUUUAAAAAAUUGAAGUUCAUUAACUUUAGUGAAUGCCAGCUGCUGAUUUGUAUGCCAAACCUCGAUUGUAUUCCAAAUCUAGAGCAAUUGGAUCUUCAUGGGUGCAAAAACUUAGAGCAUGCCCACACAUCAGUUGCAUAUCACAACAAAUUACAAUUGUUGGAUUUAGGUGGGUGCUCUAAACUUCACAAUCUCCCUGCAGUUCUCCAGUCCAAGAAUCUUCGACAUCUCAUUCUUAAAAAUUGCUCAAAAUUGCAAAGAUUCCCUAAUAUUCCAGAUGAAAUCAAGGGCUUGCAAAAAGUUGAUUUAAAAGGGACCUCAAUUGAAGAACUUCCUACAUCUAUAGAAAAUCUUGUCUCUUUGGAGGAAAUGGAUUUAAGUUAUUGCAAGAAAUUGGCAAUCCUUCCAUCUAGCAUUUAUAGGUUGCAAAAUCUUACAAGCCUAAGGCUUGGAGGCUGCUCAAAACUAAUCAAGUUUCCAAAGGAGGAGGAUUCAAGUGAUCCCCACAUGAAGACUGGAUUUCCUAAGUUAAGGUUUAUAGACCUUAGUGAAUGCAGUCUAUCAGAAGUAGAGUUUCUGGAGAAUGAUUUCUGUUUUCCCUUCUUAAGAAAUAUGUAUUUGAGGGGAAACAAUUUUGUUAGCCUUCCUGCAUGCGAGCGACUAAAUAAGUUGGAAUGGUUGGAUGUUUCGUAUUGCCAUCAACUCCAAGAGAUCCUCAAGAUUCCGCGGCGAUUGAAUAAUCUAUCUGCAAGUAAUUGCGAGUCUCUAAGCAAAAUUCCCUCCAACAUUGACGUUGAUGUUGUUGAGUUCUCUUCAUGUUAUGAACUGCUACGUAAUGGCUUCACCAUGAAUGAUUUGUUCAAGCUUGAGCAAUUUCAUGCCAAAAUUGCUUGCGAACUUCUUUUACCUGGAGAAAAGAUGCCAAAGUGGUUGCUUCCUGAUAAUGAGGGUUCUAUUUCUUUCAUGGUUUCAAGAGAAUUGUAUAAGAAGUUCAUAGGAUUAGCUUCUUGUGUUGUAUUCCAAGAAGGAAAAAAAGAAGAAUUUAAGCUUGAAGCAUACGUUAAUGGCAAGAAGACGAUGGAAGGCUCAAGCACUUUCGGUUCAUUGGAUUUGGGUCAUGUAUGGCUUGUGUAUUGCGUACCAGAGGUGCUGUGGAAAGGAGACCCUUUUGGUCCAAAUGACAGGAGUCAUUUCCAGUUUAUCAUUAGAGCACCACCUGGUGUAAUCGUCAAAAAGUGUGGAUUCCGACUAAUGUGCAAGCCACUAGAGAACGAUUUGGAGAUCUUGCUUCAAGAUGAUGAAUUGUUGGAUCCAGCUUUACUCUACGAGGUUUCACAUGAAGAUAGUCAAGUGAUCAUAGAGGAAGAAAGUUAAAGAGAAACACAAGAUUUACUAGAUAAUAAAACCAGCACAGAGGAAAAUAGUUCUAACAAUUUAGUGGCAAAGGGCCAAACAUGGCUCUGCUCAAUCUUUCCAUCCAGAAUUUGCAGGUUGCGAAAUCUUGUAACCCUGAUGCUUCAUGGCUGCUCAAAACUAAUCAAGUUUCCAUUGAAGGAGGAGGACUCAAGUGAUCCCCAUACGAAAUACAUAUUUCUUAAGAAAAGUGAGAUUUCCCAUGACUUCGAAGGACUUAUAUCACAAGUUUCUAAGAUUAACUUUCUACGUUGUACUACCAGUGAAAGAAGGAAGAGAGAAUAACUUUGCGAUUGAAGUAUCCGUUGAUGGAGACAUUAGUGCUGCGCGCCCAUGGAUUUUCAGUUGUGUCAUCUGUGGCUUCAUUAUUACGAAGCAAGGGAGCUGUGGGGAGUAGAUUUCCAAGUUAGCAUUAGAGCAUCGGGCGGUGGAAUUGUGAAGAAGUGCGGAUUCUGAGUAACGCGCAGCCGCUAAAGAACGAUUUGGAGGUUCUGUUUCAAGGCAAUCAGUUGCUGGAUCCCAAUUUAUUUUACGAGAUUUGAUAUGCAGAUAGUCAAAUGAGUACAGAAGAAGAAAGUUCAACUGAAACAGAAAAUCUACUAGAUAGUCAAAUGAGCACAGAGGAAGAUAGUUCAAGCCAAUUUGUCCACAAAGGAUGGAACAUGGCGGACUUUUCAAUUGAGGUCUCUCUCUCUCUCUCUCUCUCUCUGUGCAUGCCUGUAUGUGUCUGCGUGUGUUGAUGGCGAGUGUGUUGGGUACACUGUGUCUGUAUACUGUAAAAGCCAACAAUUCUAGACAAACAAAGAAAUCUAAUAUAAAGCGAUUCUGCACGUAUUUGCCAUAGGGAUGGCUACAACACUUGCUAGGGAAUGGUUUUUAUGGCAUGAGUAUCAUAUAUAACAUAAGCAAAAAUUGAUAUGUCUAAUUAUUAUACAAUGAUAACUAUGUGUGAUUAUUAUAGAACUCUAGUUUGGUUGAAUCAGGAGGAAUAUGCUCAAAUCAAACUCUCGGCUUGAACUAAUUACAAACUUGAGUAUUUAUAGCAGUUUACCCUUAUAACAGAAGUAUGCUAUUCUCAAAUUUUUCCUAAUUUACCGAAAUGUUCUUCCUUGAAGAGAGAUGCUAGAGGAGUUCAAUCUUGUUGACCACAGUAUUGUAUCUUUCAUGGCUUCACAUGACUUGUAUGACAAGUUCCUAGGAUUGUUUUUUUUUUUUUUCCUGUGUAGAAGAUGGAUAAGGGAAGUAUCUUUCCACAUUGUGCUCCAUGUUAAUGGCCAAAGGCAGAAUGUGUUAUCAGAAACUCUUGACUCAUUUGAUUCAGAUCACGUGUGGAUUCAGUAUCUUAUAUCAAAUGUUCUGUGGGGAGUUUCAAAGGGAGGAGUUGGUUUUGGUCGAUUUGACAAGAGUUUCUUAUGAUUUAGCCUUAGACCUAGAGUAUAGGGUGGAACCAUGAAAAAGUUUGGAUAUGUGAUAAGAUGUAGGCACCUAAAGGAUUGAAGGUUGUGCUUGAAGACCAUCAGUUAGUCGUUUCAGUUGUACUGUGAGGUCCGCGAAUGUCGCCUAUGGAUAGAGGAAUGGGAAGCCAAUGACAGUGAAACAGAUUAAAUGGGAAGAGACGAAUGCAGCAGUGUUGGCUAAUGCCUCGUGAGGAAGCAAUCAUCAAGCCAGCGGAACAUAUUUGUGAUCCAAACUGUUGCACACACUUUGAGAGUACAAAGGACGGCAUGGUUAAACUACAUAGAUGCAAGGGAAGAUCGUCUUCUUCCUCAGCAAAGCCAUGAUAACCAUCACUGCAGCGGCUCGGAAUGCAAUUCGCACUAAUUUUUAUGGUAGUCUGGUUUUGUUGGAUGGCUUGAUCACGACUUUUGAGGGAAGGGAACUUCUUCUUUUUUUAUUUUAUUGUUAAGGUGGGUUUAACGUAAGAGCUGAUCUGUUGUUACUUGUUUUUUGCCUGCUUCAUUUGAUUUGAAGGUGAAAUCACGAGUCAGUGAUGGAUUCGUGAUAAGUCCAUCAAGAGAAAUCGUUGUAAAUGAAUAUUUAAACUCGAGAAAAUUUAUAGCAAGUGCUUGUUGUUCCA